AUGAGCAAAGGUUCGAACUCGUUCGCUGCCGGAAAAGGAGCAGAAAAUCAAUCAGGAAGCAUCUUUCCAUGUCUCUCCGUCUUCACAAUUGAAAUAGCGAAGCUUACCGCUCGGCUGGAAGCUCUGUUCGAGCACAAGAUGGUCAUUGAGCGCCCGAGGCCGAACAUCCGUGAGGACAAACGUCGCCACUCCGUCAGAAAUGAAUGGGUGAAAGAUCAACUUACUGACCCAUGGGGAGGAUCCGAUGUCUAUCAGCAAGUGGGUAUGAAGGCGGAUCGCUUCUUCCGCGACAUUUCAAUGGACAAAAAAGUCAACAUCAUACCUUCCAACCGUGGGAAGGCCGCGGACGACCACCCGUUUCCUGGGAGGAGGACGAACGGAUUGAGCGAUGGAGAGUCGAAUGACGACGUCACUACUCGUCUGUUUGCAAUGUUCUCAGAGGGCAAUAGCACGAGACGAGCCGUCGACGAUGAGAUUAGGAAACAAGGUGCUAAAGCGGAAGAGGGCGCUGUCGCAUGA